CCACUACAUAGAGCGCCUUUAGCGCCAGCAGUUGUUCUGCCAUGGGCUCAAAGCCAUGCCUGAGAGAACAGCGGCAGGCGACAAAGGUGCAGCUGCUGACCGCGCUUCCUCUGGUAUUCUGCUAGAGGUUGCUCAUGGAUUUGGGUCGCAUGCUGGCAAGAUCCGUGAUGCACUGCUCUUUGGAGACAUCGCCGGGCAAUACUUGGCGCAUGUGGUCGGUCGGCAAUUGGUCUUCCGAAAUCUCUUGGGGGGUGAGGUUGGCUUUGCAGCAGAGAAAGGGGACAUUCAGGUGAUCACGGCCUGUGCUGCCUCGCGAGACCGAUCCUUCUUGGCCGUGUGCCGCAGUGCCAUGGAACGUUGUAGCAUCUCCAUCUAUGAGUUGGGACCCCAUGCCACCAAUCGGCCAGUGCAGACGCUGGAGGAAUUGCAUGGGCGCGAUGGCCCCGUGGGUCCCUUGAGUGCAGUGGCCUUCUCCUCUGCUUCAAUCGCUAGUGGAGUGGCGGAGGAUUCCAAUUGCAGGCUUUGCGUGUCCUCCACAGGGCACUACGCACAGAUCAUCGUCUUGGAUUGGAGACUCAAUGAGGUCAUUGGCCGCUUUAUGAUUGAAGAGCCUCUCACGCGGAUCGCUUUCAGUACUCUGGACUCAGAUAUUAUUUCCGGCACUGGGCCAAACACCUUCGAGCUCUGGCUGUUGAAGGACUUCACCUCCUCUCCGGAGGAGUCAGAGAAGCUGGAAUCCAAGGAGAUGAUAACGCUGCAGCCAGUUGAAGAGCUUGUUGAUCACUUCGCUGCCACUUUUAUGGAUCAUGCGUGGCUCCAGCCGGCGAACGGCGCGCUAGCAAUCUGCACAGAGCAGGGAGCUGUGGACAUCAUCUCCAGUGGCCUUGAUGUGGAGGAUGUAGAAGCCAGAGCUCACGCAGAUGUGGAUCCAGUUCCAUACUUCGUUUGCCACAUCGAAUGUCCAUUUGGCCAAGUGCUUGCCGGGCUACCUGCCUCCUGCAUUCAGUCUUUUGCGGGUGGCUUUGUCGUGGCCGGAGCGCAAAGUCACAUCGCUGUAUGGCGCAUGGAGGCGGAUGAGGGUGAAGCGCAUGACGACCUGCUGGGCGGGCCAUCCUACAAGCAUGACUGCACAGCUUGCUUGGCCUUGGGUGCAGGCUCAGCAGUGGCCGAGCUGGACUUGGUCGGGAGCCGCGACGAGGUCUAUGCCGCUGUUGGCUUUGAAAACGCCUAUAUCACCCACUUCCGCCUGGGUAUAUUGCGUGCUGGAGAUGUUGUGCCAUCUUCGCCAGUUGAGGACCUACCACUCAUUGGGGGAGGCUGCCACUCAGGCCCCGUGUCCAAUCUAGACAUUGCCGUGCAGCGACCGAUUGUGGUCUCCGCCUGCAGCCAAGAUGGGACCAUUCGAGUUUGGGAUUACCAAGCUGGCGAGUGCAGCCUUUGCUGGCAAGCCACAGAAGAACUGACCAGUCUGGCGUUGCAUCCCUUCGGCUUCCUCCUUGCUGUGAGCUUUAGUGAUAGGAUUCGCCUCAUGGAAAUCCUGGCCAAAGAUCUGAAGCUCUUCUCCGAAAUCAAUAUCAAGAACGUUCACCUGCUCCGCUUCUCAAACGGUGGCCACGUUUUGGCAGCUGCACAGGCAAAGGUGAUCAUUAUCUUCAGCACACGCACCCUCAAGAAGGUGGCCACCUUGCGAGGACAUUCCAGAGAGGUGGCUUGCGUCUUCUUUGACCCCUUAGACAAAACGAUGGUCUCAGUUGGAGAGGAUGGCAAGGUCUGUGAGUGGAGCACCGAGAACUGGAGUUCGAUCAACGAGUACGGCGUGCAUGGUGAAGCCUUGGCCAUCGCAACUGCUGGUGAGGGUCGUGUAUGGGCUGGCGUUGCAGAGUCCGAACACGCAACAUUUCGCUCCUUCCGAAAUGGUGUCUACCAUCAGAACGAGGACAUCGUCUUCCACUCCUCGGAACACAUCAGCUCGAUGGACCUGUUCAGCCGACCGUCGGAGGUGUCUAUCCUUGCGGGCGACCUCGCUGGGAAUCUACUGGCCUUUUGUGGUGUCACUGGAGUUUUGAGGACUACUACGUUGGGCUUGCAUGAUGGCGGAAUCACUGCACUCCGCAUAUCCAGUGAUGGGCAUACCGUUGCAACUGCUGGAAAAGAUGGCUCCGUCUUUGUCUUGAAUGCUGAUGGCUUCACGGACUCUCAGCUGUCUGAAAGUCGUCGGCAGCCGAUGGAGGUGGUGAUGAUCAAUCGUGGUGACAUCCAACUGCGGCAGGAUGAGAUUUCAGAUCUUACAGCUCAGAUCGCCAAGCUAAAGACACAGCUGGAGGAGAACGCUGCCAGGCUUCAAGGCGAGCUUCGAGCGAGAGUUGAGGAGGCCAGACGGAAAGCGCAAGCCACAAUUCAAUCUCUUCGCAAACUAUAUGAGGAGAAGCAGCAGGCCUCGACUGUGAAGGAGAGAGAAAACUUGCGGAAGAUGAAGAUCACCGAGGCUUUACAUGUCGCGUCAGCAGAUGACGAAGAGAAGGCAUAUGACAAGCGAAUGCGAGCAGAUGCUGAUAGCUAUGUGGCUUUGCAGGCCGAACUUCGAGAAAUGGAGGCCAAAUUUGAGCAGGCAGACGAUUUGAAAAACAGAGCCGUUACCGUGUGGUUGCUAUGCUUCGGUGCUUCGGUGAGCUUGCAGAACCGGCAACAAGCUCGAUGGGAUAUGGAGCAGCAAGAAAUGAAGCAAGAGAAGGUUGUGCAGCAACGCCUCAGUGAGAAGGAUGCUAAGAUCCAGACAUUGAAAGAUUUGAUUGCCUUCACUGAGAAGCGCUUCGAUGCCAUGUUUGACCAGGAAGGUAUGGAGCAAUCCUUGGAGAUCUCAGAAAUCAAGAAGAAGAAUCAGGAGGAGUUGGAGCAGCAACACCUGGUGGAGUACAAGCUCAAGAAGGAUCAAGAUAUGUUAGUGCGAGCGCUGGACAUGAUGGAGAAGGAUCGGGAUCGGAUUGCGAUGGAACAGCGGGAAGCUGGGGUGAGCAUCAGCAACUUAAGAUCGGAGGCUGAACUCAUGAAGCGGGAGGUCCACUCCCUUAAGGUCGAACGGAAGGAGAGAGAGUCCACCCUAAGAGACAAGGAGAUGGAGAUCGGGACUCACAAAGUAAAGGUGCAAACCUUGAAGAAGUUCAAGCAAGUCCUGGAUUUCCGGUUGCGAGAGGUGACUGACUCCCUGAAGCCCAAGGAGGAUAUGAUUGCACAACUCCAUUUGCAGCUGUCCGCGCUUGAAGAGGAAUUUGAGAAGCAACUGGAGAUCCAAGCACAGAUGGAAACCGUGCUUGAGACGAAGAGCCAGCAAGUCUCGGACCUGUCUGCGGAGGUGGAGAAACAGAAAGAACUCAUCAGACAGCGGGAGCGGACCAUCUUUCGCUUCUCAGCAGAUCUCCAUGAGCUGGCAACCGGUGGUGAGGACACCCGCAACUGGCACAUUGGAAUGAAGAGGAUUUGGCGGACACACGUCAACCCAGAGAUUUUCAACCAGGAUGAGGAGCAGAGCCGCCCUAUUCAAGAGCUUGGAAGACAGAUCCAGGUCAUGGAGCGCAAGGCUGGCAUGCUGAACCUUCGUGUGCGGAGUGGUGAGACCACUUCAAAGGCCGACCGAAUUCACAAAGCUCAAGAGAACUCUCUAUUGAUUUGUGAACUGGAAGAGCUCAGAAUCGAGAAGAAGGCACUGAUGGCUCAAGCCAAGGACUUAGAGCUCAGAAUCCGUUUGCAUCAGCAAAGCGAAGAAGUCCAGGCGAAGCCAAUAGAAGCCUUGCCUAGCAGGUCUGGCUCAGAGGCGAAGUCCUCCAAGCAAGCGCUUUGCGAUUUGUUUGAGGAGGCGCCGGAAUGCCAGAGGACACCGAUGAAGGGGACAUUGAAGAAGGGCCAUCUCGUCCGGCCGUUGGGCAACACUGAGAAGAGCGGCCACAAGUCACAAGAGGAGCUUCGCUCCAAGAAACGCUUCUUGAAGCAGGUGGAGAAGACCAAGAUGCAACUGACUGAGCAGAGGAUUCGUCAGCAGCUCGUCCCAACAGAGCUGCAGAGGAUGCAGCAGCGCAAGAGCGGCGAGCCGAGUGUGGUCCUGAGCGAGUCCGGCUCCAGCUCAGCCCCUGCGGGCCCUGCACUGGCGGUGGUGCGCUUUGGCUCUCGAUUCACUCCUGGCUCUUCUGUAGAUUCUUUGCCUUAGUGCUCCUAUGCGGAUCUUUUCCUGCACCCAGAGGUAUUUCACAAGAACACAGGGGAACAUCAACCACACAUCGCCCAGAAAAGGCGCGUGGUCCUUUGUACGAAGAAAGAACCAACAAAGCCGGGUUUUGGUCCUUUGUCUUUUUUCGCGCCAUGACCGGGUCUGUUUAAUGCCCCUCCCGGCCAACAUGACCGGGCUGCUGUGGACAGCUCCGCAGCUCCGAAACCUCGGCCAAGCCGACCCGAAUUCCGAGAUGCAAAAAGAGACGGUGCGCACCGCCGGUCCCUCCGGCGUACCGCAUACCGGUGCGGGC